GCUGCAAAGUCGCCCUCCCGCCUGCCUGCCUGCCCGCCAGCUGGCCAGCCAUGGGUCACUCCGGAGAGCCGGGCCUCAUAGCCAACGUGGUGAACGACACCUUGGAGUUUUACCGCUGGACUUGGUCCAUCCGAGAUAAACGUGUUGACAACUGGCUUAUGAUGCAAUCUCCUAUUCCAACCUUGAUAAUAAGCACACUUUACCUCCUUGCUGUUUGGCUUGGGCCUAAAUGGAUGAAGACAAGGGAGCCUUUCCAGUUUCGCUUCUUGUUGAUUUUUUACAACUUUGGGAUGGUCCUACUUAACUUCUACAUUUUCAAAGAGCUGUUUUUGUCAUCAAGAGCUCGAGGAUACAGCUAUAUCUGCCAGUCUGUGGAUUACUCUGAUAAUGAAUACGAAGUUAGGAUAGCAGGAGCUUUAUGGUGGUACUACAUAUCAAAAGGAAUUGAGUAUCUGGACACAAUAUUCUUCAUCCUAAGAAAGAAAUUUAACCAAAUCAGUUUUCUUCAUGUCUAUCACCAUUUCACUAUGUUUACUUUAUGGUGGGUUGGCAUCAAAUGGGUUGCAGGAGGACAAGCUUCAGUUCCACGUGACUAUUGGCCACACCGCCCUGUCUAUUUAUAUUGAUUGCCCCUUUCCUAAAUGGAUGCACUGGGGUGUCAUUUUCUAUGCCAGCACUUUUAUUGUUCUGUUUGGUAACUUCUACUAUCGGACAUACAAGAUGCCCAAGGAGCCCAAGGACCUCAAGCAAAAAGAAAAGAACGGCAAGAUCACCAACGGCGUAAUAGCAAAUGGUACAUGCAAACAAGAAAACGGUGCAAUUAUGGAAAAUGGAAAAGUGCAGAAGAAAGCCAAAGGAGAGUAACUUGAUCCAAGCCUUAAACAUUACGAGCAGUGAGGAUUCUUCAAUCUGAUAAUAAAAGAAAAGGAAAUACUGUCCUGUCUUUACCAAUUGACCUUUAGGUUGUUGAAGAGAUAGAAAACAUUAUUUAUGAAGAUUGUUUUAACAACAAAAUCCUAUUGUAAUUAUGUAAUUAUUGAGAUUCGUUAACUUUAUGUAAACUUUUAGACUGCGGGUGUUGGUAACGUAAGAGAGAAUUGCUGAAAUAUUCUUUACUGUCAAUCCAGCGGUUAAAAUUGCAAUUAACCAUGGAUACAAUUGAUUUAUUGAAACAGGCAUCUUUUCGAAAAAGAGAGCUUACAAAUUCUACCAUUUCUAAUCAAUGUUUUUAAGCAAAAGAAAGAAGCCCUCGAUGAAAAUAUGGAGAGGGAAGUUUGCUCUCUUUUUUAAUAAUUUGUAGUUUCUUCAUCUAAAUUAUGCAGUAUUGCUGUAUUUGGUUGUUCUAAUUUCCCCCUAAUUUCCCCUGUUACAUUGUUGUUCAUUGUGUGAAAAUACACCUACCUCUUUAUUUGGUAAAAAAUAACAACCACUAUUAAAUAUUCAUUUCUGAAAUAAGGAGCCCGUAAUAUAUUAUUUAGAAAAAAAAAUGUCUCCCGUUCACAAAAUGUGUUUUCUUAUUAACAAGCCUAAAACCACAUUUGAACAUCUUUAACAAUUCUUGUAUCCAAUUGCACGAAAUGCAUGGUGUUGAUGCUUUUUCAAUGGUCAGAUUGUACAUAGUGGGUGGAUCAAGGAUAGAAUUCAUUUUUUUUUUACUUUGCUAAUGGCCUACUUAUUAAGCAUGGGACAAAUUCAAUAUAAAGAGGAGAGAGAUUCAUAAUUAUAAAGAACUUCGCAUUGGAAGGCUUGAAAUCCACAGUUUACUGGAAUCUAAUUGUGGCAGCAAGCACUUCAAUGCCAUGACCAGAUGCACUGUACCUAUAUUGUUGUGAACUGUUUAUUCACACAAUAAUCUUGCUCUUUGGUACUGUAAAACCUCCAGACUCAUGUGUUUAAAACAGGCUCUGUGCAUGUAAUGAUGGUUCUUGCAAUCGCAUCCCUGUAAGAACAAUAAUGGUUUGGUAAGAUUCUAUUCUUUCCAUAUCAGCUUCUCUAAGUCUUAUUUCCAUAGAUGCUCUUCUCAUUCCUUCUGCUGCACCAUUGUGGCUUCU